GCCAACACUCGCGUCGCACCGUCAGUCGGGCGUACACUGCCGUCAUGUAAAGAUGGCUCUCGGACUCGCGGUCGUGGCGGCGCUGGUCGCCUGUGCGUGUGCUGCAUUGGAGCCGGAUUGUGACUGGGAACGCGUCCUCAGUGGCGGUGACGACCCUCAGGUCGAAGUUCUGCUACAGUGUCGGUUGCGAACUAUCGGUAACGCGGAUAGUGUGUUGUCCAACUUGACUUCUGCUCAACUGGAUAUGAUAACUUCCCUCAAACUGGAAUGUAGUGAUGUGUUAUUUUUCGAGAGUUCGCUGGAGUCCAACAGCUACCUGACCCAGCUGAGGCGGUUGCGCGAGUUGCGGUUGGAGUUCUGUAAGAUCAGAUUUGUGCCGCCGGCAGUGUUGAGUGUGUCCAAGGAGUUGAGGAACCUGACUCUCCGCACCCACAACACCGACUGGUCAGCCAUGGCCAUGGAGUUCCACUCGGACAGCUUCAGAGGUUUGACGCAGUUAAAGUAUCUCGAUCUUUCCGAUAAUAAUAUCUGGUCGUUCCCUAAAGAACUGUUUUGUCCCCUAUUUUCUCUCACCAGUCUGAAUCUGUCUAAGAAUAGAGUGCAGGAAGUGUUAGAAUUAGGAUUUUCAGACUGGGGUGCGGGUCCCAGAGCCCCUGGUAAAACGUGUAACGUAGGGUUAGAAGAGUUGGAUUUGUCCUACAACGAUAUAUCCGCCCUCCCCGAUAACGGGUUCACUAGUUUGCGGUCGUUACAAAAAAUGUUCCUUCAAGACAACCACAUAGCUCAGAUGGCAGACAGAGCGUUCGUAGGUCUCGUAGCGCUGCAGGUAUUGAACGCCUCGAGCAACCAACUUGUUGCUCUUCCCCCCGAACUGUUCCAAUCCACACGGGACUUGCGGGAGAUCUAUCUCCACAACAACUCUAUCAGUGUGUUAGCGCCGGGUCUGUUAGAAGGCCUGGAUCAGCUGUUGGUGCUGGACUUGUCGUACAACGAGCUGACGAGCUCCUGGGUCAAUAGAGACACUUUCUCCGGCUUGGUCAGGUUGGUCGUUCUCAACCUCGGCCACAACCAGAUAUCUCGGAUAGACACCCACGUGUUCCAGGACCUGUACACUCUGCAGAUCCUCAACUUGGAAUAUAACGAGAUCGACACAAUAGCGGAGGGCGCGUUUCUAACGCUCAGUAACUUGCACGCCCUGACAUUGUCCCACAACAAUCUCAUCACAAUCGAACCCUUUUACUUUUCUGGACUCUACGUUGUCAAUCAGCUUUUCCUAGACCAUAACAGACUAACAGACAUCGACCAACGUGCCUUCGAAAACUGCACAAACCUGAAAGAUCUCGGGUUAAGCCACAAUUCUCUUACACAAAUCCCCGAAGCUAUAAAACUGAUUGGACUUUUAAAAUCGUUAGAUCUCGGUAAAAAUAAAAUCAAGAACGUAGAAAACUCCUCCUUCCAAGGAUUAGAUCACCUCUUUAGUAUCAGACUGAUCGAGAACGAAUUAGUGAACGUUACCAAAGACUCGUUUUCCACCCUUCCUUCUUUACAAAUAUUGAAUCUGGCUCAAAAUAAGAUAAAACACGUAGACAAGGGGGCGUUCGGCGCAAACACUGCCCUGCACGCCAUCAGAUUAGACGGAAACCAACUAAAAGACAUUAACGGAAUGUUCGUGAAUUUACCUAGUUUGAGGUGGUUAAACAUUUCAGACAAUCAGUUGCAGUGGUUCGAUUACGCGCUGAUCCCCCAGUCGCUCGAGUGGUUGGACAUGCACAAAAAUAACGUGGCGGACCUCGGCAAUUACUACGAGAAACGGGACAACUUGCAGAUCAAAAUGUUGGACGCCAGUUUCAACAGGUUGACCGAAAUAGGAGACACGUCGAUACCGGACAGUGUGGAAAGUGUGUUUCUAAACGACAAUCUCAUCCGCAAAGUGAAACCCAAUACGUUUUUGCGGAAAUCUAACCUGAGCAGAGUGGUGUUGUUCGCGAACCAGAUUCAGAACAUCGAUAUCGCAGCUUUGGCAUUGGACACCUUCCCUGACGACAAGGAACUGCCUCAGUUCUACAUCGGCAACAACCCCAUCCACUGCGACUGCACCAUGGAGUGGCUGCAGAGGAUCAACCAACUCAGUCAUCUGAGGCGUCACCCCAGAGUGAUGGACCUAGACUCUGUCACGUGUCAGCUGACUCACUCCAGAGGUAAUCCUACACGACCUCUGCUCGACCUCAAGCCCUCACAGUUCCUGUGUCCCUACGAGACACACUGCUUCGCCCUGUGUCACUGCUGCGACUUCGAUGCCUGCGACUGUGAGAUGACAUGUCCUCACAACUGUACCUGCUACCACGACCACACCUGGUCCGCCAACGUGGUCGACUGUUCGUCCGCCGGCUACCGCUCGGUGCCUACCAAGAUACCCAUGGACGCCACGGAGAUCUACCUGGACGGCAACGACCUCGGCGAGCUCGGUAGUCAUGUGUUCAUCGGCAAGAAGAAGCUGGAAGUGUUAUAUCUCAACAACAGCAACGUAAACUCCAUACACAACAGGACAUUCAACGGUGUCACGUCUCUGAAAGUGCUCCAUAUGGAGAACAACCACCUGCAGGAACUGAGGGGAUUCGAGUUCGACCAGUUAGAAAACCUUAACGAGCUAUAUCUGGACCACAACGAAUUAAAACACUUAGGUAACGCUACGUUCAAAACCAUGAAAACACUGGAGAUUUUAACCCUGGAAGCGAAUAAUAUUGUGAAUUUUUCCCCUUGGACUCAGUUAAACACGGAAACGUUAGCGGAAUUGUCUUUAGAAGGCAACACUUGGACCUGUCGUUGUAACACUGUGGCCCAGAUGGAAGCGUGGUUGAGAGAAAACGCUGAUGCGCUAAACGUGGACAAGCUAUUGUGUGCGGGAGGCAAAGAAACACUAUUUGACGCUAUAAAAAGAUGCGGAGAAAGCAGAGACUCGGCGGCGGCUACCUCGGUGGUGCAGAGAUCACCUUUCAACCCCACCAUCCUGGGCGCAGACUACAUCCCCUUCGUGGCGGCGAGUCUGGUAGUCUUCAUAAUCAUCUUCCUGGUGACUACCCUCGGGUUCAUCUUCCGCCACGACGUCAGCCUCUGGGCCCACUCUCGCUACGGCGUCAGGAUCUUCAGCGACGCCAACGACGCAGACGACGACAGACUCUACGACGCCUACAUGGUGUACAGUGUCAAAGACGAGGAGUUUGUCAGCCAAGUGAUAUCCUCUAGUCUGGAGAGGUCCGGCUACUCCUUGUGUCUACACUACCGAGAUCUUCACGUCAUGAAUCCCUCCUACCUCACCGACAGCGUGCUGGGGGCUUCAGACGCCGCUAAAAGGAUAAUUAUAGUGUUAUCACUCAGUUUCCUCCAAAACGAAUGGGAGCGGCCGGCGUUCCGAGCGGCUCUGCAGGCCUGCCUGGAGCGUACUAGAACACGCAGAAGUAAAGUACUACUUCUGCUGACUACAGACAUUGGGCCGGACUCGGAGCUGCAACUUCUGUUGAAGGCGUGCAGGGUGAUCUCCUGGGGGGAGAAGAGGUUCUGGGAGAAGCUGAGGUACGCCAUGCCGGACGUCCGGCGAAAACCGGGGGCUCCGGACCUGAAGAAGGUCGUGGUGGAGGGCAAGACGAGCGCCAGGUACACAGCGACCCCUACAGCGCUGGAGUCGUGGUACAGGAUGUCUCCGGCGUCCAUGACCCAGAGCUCGGCGCCGACCCAGAGUACGUGCGUCAGUGAGGAGUCGUCUCAGAGGACGACGGACGAGGAAGAGGAUCCUCAUAGCUACGUCAGCAUCGACUAUCAGCAGAGGCACAACAAGGUCCAUCACCAUGUGUACAGCUGUAUACCCGACCCUGCGUUUAGCCAGGGCAGGACCUACUUCGUCUAACUCAGAUGCUGCAGCACUCCUGCCCCCUUGGCUUCUCAUGUGAUCUACUCCUAUGUGAUUUAUAUUAUUUUGUACAUUGUUAAGCUCGUGUAAAUAGACUGACAGGCUAGAAAUCAGCUGAUUAUUUAUUGUAAACAUAUGUAGUUCUAGAUAAUAUUUUGCACUGUAUUAUAUACGUAAGACUUCGGCUCUAUUUCAUUAUGUUUGUGUUUGAUUCCUAAAGUCUGGGAUGAACCUAAGCUUGCAAGACUGAUCAGCCUUAUGUACUUUUUACUAUGCCUUCUUAAAUUCUUUUAAAAUGCUCAUAAGGUGCGUAAGCUAGCACGUCGUUCCUAUAUUGUUGAAUGGGUCGGAAGAGAUGAUUGUAUCAAACAUUUAAUUAUUAUAAUAAUUGGAAAGUAUUCAAAAAAUAUUUGUUGGAAUGUGUUAGGUUUUUGGUUAAGAUUGUUGUUUUAGUGUUGUUUUAAUUUUUUAAAUUAACUAUUAUAGUUGCUGAAAGUGUUUUUUAGUUUUCUUAAAAAUAAAUUAUUAAAGAUAUUUUGAAAUAUUAACUCAGGAAUAAUGUGAGUCUUUGUCCUUGUUGUUUAUAUUUUUAUUUGUUAUUUUAAAUAAUUUGCAUCCAUUUUAAUGUGUUUCUAUUGCUGUCAAACUCUGUUUCUAUGCUUAAUAUAAAAUCAAUAACAUCGUGAAUUUUGUAUAAUAGUGUAUAUACAAUGAUGUAGCGCUUAGUUAUUGUCCUCUAUUUUUCUGAUUUGUUUUGUUAUGUACUAGCUAGUCAUGCGCAAUUGAUUUAAUAUAAUUUUUCGAAAUGCAAAACGAGUUCCUGAAAAUAUAAUGACAUAGAAAUAUUAUUAAUUAUUACUAAUUGAUACCAGAAAAUUUCGAAGUGUAGAAACAAUUUUUUGUUUUGAGAUAUUCAUUGUCACAUGUGCUUUGGUUUAAGAUUUAGUUAAGUUGUAAUUCAAUGGGAAAAAUUCUUAACUUUUUUAAAUACAGUAAUUGUAGAGAAUUUAUUGAGAUAUCCAGUUUUUAUAUUUUUUUUAGACUUAUGUAUUUUAAAUCAAAUUGUUUAAUGUUUAACUUUUACAUUAGUCCAUUUCUAACUUGGAUCUUUGCUAAAUUCUACCGCAUGGCAUUUCCAAACAUUUAGUCUGUGAUCUACUUUUUAAGGGGUACACAAUUUGAAAAGUGGUAAAAUGUUAGCUUAUUUUCUCCCCUUUCAUGUAAAUAUCUCUAAAAUUUCAGGGUAACUCGAAAGUGAAAUUUCAUACGUAUGUAAAUUUAAAUUUGUAAAUAUUUAUUUAAAAUGGUAUCUCGUUAGAAAACUUGAGCCCUUAGAAUAAUAUUUACGCAAAUACUUACCACUACGUUCGCCAUGUAUAUUUUGUUGUAUAUUGCUUCUGUAUAUAAAUAUAGAAUAUACACCAGUGAUUUGAGCAACAUAUUUUGUAUGAA